AUUCGGCCAUUUUGGGGAAGUUCAAUCUCACAAUAGGGGAUGUACAGUGAUAACAUAAUAAUCAUGUUUCUCAAGCUCAAACUGGGUCAAUCAAUAAAUCCUUUCCAAUGAAAGCAGCCCUCUUGCGGGAAAAGAUACGUGCAUAGAAAAAUAGUCUUCGCUUAGAGGAAAAUUACGUAAAGCUCAACCCAAAGAUGUCCUCCGAUCUUGUGACGGCCACCGAUAUUACGGAAGAUUAUUUCCCAGAGGUAAUCUAUCAUCUGAGACAGAAUUUCUUCGCGGAUGAACCACUAAAUAAGGCAUUAGAUCUCUGCAAGCGGGGACAGCCGCAUUUUGAGUUAGAGAGACACUGUAUGCUCACUUUGAAACAAGGAUUUUCCAGGAUGUUGCUUACUCAGGAUGGAAGAAUAGCGGGUGUGGCCCUGAAUGGCAUUUUGAAAAAGGGUGAACGCGAAGAGGCGGAACGUCGUCUGCUGGAAAUAGCCGAUGAAAAAUUCAAAAUCAUUUUUGGUCUUUUAUAUAAAGUGAACGAAAAGAUAGAUUUAUUCUCAAAUUAUAACGUGCAAGAGUUAUUCGAAUGUCGAAUUUUAAGUGUGGACGAAGGUUUUCGAGGUCGAGGCUUUGCCAACACUUUGAUGGCAGACAGUAUAAAGACUGCGAGGACAGCAGGAUUCAAGGUCUUCAAAGUAGACGCUACGGGAAUUUAUUCCCAAAAAGUAUGCGCGAGCCACGGCCUGAAAACUGAGGCUGAAAUUUUAUAUUCAGAAAUUGAAGAAUUCGCGCGGCCUGAACCACCGCAUACUGCAUUGAAGCUCAUGGUAAAAGUGAUAGAUUAAAAAAAAAGAUAAAGUUACAAGGUAAUGAGAGUAUCUAAAAUAUAAGGAGUAAGAACGAAGAGUAGAUGAACUAAGUGUUUUGAUCGUUGGACGUGACAAUAACAGCUCUCUAUUAUUUGUACACAUAUUAUAAAUAUUAACGCGCAACAAGACGCAACGGGUAUAAAUGCAUAUUAUACAUAUGUCCACAGAAAAAAAAGAGCUGAAAAUUCGUUUUGCUGAGUAAAAAUUCGUAUUGCUUAGGAAUUAGAAACUCGGACUGUCUCCUACCGAUCACAUUGAUGUUAAAUUGUUUAAUGUCCCACGGGUCAGCCAAGGCAUUGAAAAUUCAUAUAAUGAAUUUAAAGAAAGUCUUUUGAUGUCCAAUGUUGAAAGUCAAGUAAUAACAAGAGCCAGGACUUUCACUCUAGUGUUUAGGCCGAUUGGGAUAUGUUUGGAAAGUGAACAACAUUGGUUACUGUUGUAAAAUUGUACCUUAUACUGAGAUUUAGAAUUAAAAAAUGGUUAUACGAUCGUUGCAAAUUUCGAAAUAUACAUUAUAUGAUAUAUAAAUAUAUACAUAUAUAAUAUAUAUAUUUAUACAUGUACCACUAUGGAAGAUUAGGACGAUGAAAAAAGUUCUUGCGCACGAAGAUAGUUUAUUGUGAUACUAAAAACACAAGUGUUUUGUGAUUGAAUGAUUUAGAAGUACACCUAAUUAUGAGAUAAAUUGAAAAAUCAUAAUUUUACUUGAGAAGAAGUCGAAGCAUGGUACGUUUCUUGCAAGUAUCAGGUCGUUACGAAGAUAUUUACAAGUGCAAAUACCUUUUUGCAUGACUAUUACUCGUCCAUAAUAAGGAUUGCUAUGUGUGAAUUGAAAAGAUAACCAAUUUACUAGAUGGGUCCAUGAAUCACCAGAUGAAGAAUUAUUAUACGAAUAUUAUACAACAUACAAUAUUUUUGUUGUUCUCUCAUAUUGUAAAGAUGUAAUACACGUUAUUUUUUAUCCGCUAAAUAAAUACCUGAGUUUACUAAUA